AUGUAUUAUCAGUUUACCCCUACUGGAACUGUUAAAAUAUAUCAAUGCAGUGCAGCAACAUGCGCUAGUACAAGCUGUACUAUUCUCACCGAGCUACAGGAUAUCGCCAAAAUGCCUACACCUGAUUGUGGCAAUUAUUUUCAUACACUUUCCAUGAGCAAGCCAUUUACACCGGAUGUUCUCGCGGCAGUCAUGGUCAGACCUGGUGUUGGCACUUUGGCUUCCGCUUACUACACCUCUAUGGAUAUGACUAAACAAGGAGCUUCCACAGCUGGAUGCCAAGGAACGUAUACUUCUGGUGCCAUUCACUACAUAUUUGAAGAUUGUGUUCGCGGAAACGCUACUCAUUGGAUAAAAACUCAGUUCACCCCAUCGGGUCAGCAAACGUUUGCCAACAGGUUUUGCGCAUCCAACACAUGUACAGCAAACUGCGCAUCACUGGAUAGCUACAGCAAGCCGGCUCCGCUAAACCAACCUUCGUGUGCUGUUGGAAAUUCGGUAGAUACCAUGAAUUACCCUGCCGUACCUACCAAAGCCAAUAGCGAGUAUCAAUCCAAACAUCCAAUCGACGUUUGGCCAUACACUCCAUCCAUUGUUAAUACUACCGUUCCAACAGUGAGUGCCGACUCUCCAAAACCGAGCCAAAGCCAAUCUAUCGAGCCCACAUUUCCUAGUUCGCCAAAUAGCAAUGUCAAUGAGCCCACCAAUAAGACUGCACUAGGUUCUGGCAGCUCAUCAUAUGAUGGUGGUAAACUAAUUGAUGCGGGAGCUGCUGCUGUAAUCGCAACGGGUGUAUUUCUGGCUAUGUCUGGGAUUGCAUUUGGUGCCAUUUAUAUUCUAAUCAAAAACAAAGUUAAAGAACGGCAAAGACAUUACCAAAAUCAAUGCAUGCCCUUGGAUAUAGAAAUGACUCGAGGCAACCACUCCAAGACUCUAUUUAAUAAAGGUGCCCAAAAUAAUAAGCGAUUUUCCGACGCUUCAUUUCAAGCUGCACUCCUUGAGCCUUCCACUCUGAAUAGAGUGGGUAGUAUCUCUACGCCUACUCAUCCCAUGCACCCCUUUGCACCAUUGUAUCCAGGUCCAUCGUCCACUUUAAGUGAUCAGCGUCUUGAAAAACUCAAUCACUCAAUUCCAGCACCUGCCAAUCAAUCCGAGCACAUAUAUAGCUACGCUGCUCAUGCUAGCAGAAACGGCUCAAAUCUGUCAUAUACCGAUUUCAGCUCUCAAACUUCGAAUGGAGACGCAGAUUCGGUUCCUGUUAGACUCAAGCGAUCAGAUAAACGGCCCAAGUUGCUACGUGAGGCUUUUUCUGGUUCAUCUACUCCGCCACCACAAGCUCCUUUCCUUACAGAGCCAGUUUUAGACUUGAAAAACUCUUUAGCCCAAACCUCAAUCGACGAUCCACACAAUUCUCGACCAUCAAAUGACGCAUCCUACCAUUCAGAACCUUCACGAACGCAUGUGGCAACUACAUCUGAAAUGAAACCCGCUUCACACUCUGAGAAUACUAUCGACUACUAUAGUACAGAGCCUGCCUUUAUAACACAAGAAAUGCACUUUGACAGCUCAAAACAACGUCAUUUUUCAAUGCAGUUUUCCGAGACUUCUGAUAACCAAUAG